GUUGAGUUGCUGGGUUCUUUUGAUCACCAAUCAGAAAAUAUAGUUACUCCCGAGGAUCUGUGAGCCUUUUCAGGGUUUCCACCUCAACCACUUGGCCUUAAUCAGGUAGCGUGUUGGUUAACCGGUCAUUUUCUGCAAAGCAUUCAGCCAGGAGAUAUUCUUAAUCCUCCAGGAUAUUCAACUUGUUAUACCUUUACUCAAUCUUACACCACUGCGCUCAUACUUGGAAAGCGCCCAAUUUUGCAAACUCACCUUCUUAACACACCGUCAGACCAAUGUCAGACCCGAAAGUCUCAACCCCUCCUACUCCAGAGCCCAAGCAAAACCCGUCCGAAUCCUAUGAAGAUGAUACCAUCGAGGCUGGAGUAAUCCCACCACACACAAAUCAAAUCCCUCAAGAUCGAAAUGCUGCCGAGGCGAUCACCCCUGAAAAACUACCUGCAGAGGACCAUAAAUCAUUUUUAAAUGAAGCUCCAAACUCGCCAGAUCUCAAGAUCAAAAUCGAAUCCGAUGAAAAGGGAGGUGAACUUACAGAUCAACUCAAUGAUGGAUCCCAACGGAAUACAAUUUUAAGAGGAAAACGAUUAGCAUUGGCUUUUGUCGGAAUGCUAUUGUCUGUAUUUUUGAUAUCUUUGGACCAAACUAUUUUGAGUCCCGCUUUGCCGGUCAUUGCUUCUAGCUUUGAUGCUCUAGAUCAAAUCGGAUGGAUUGCUAGUGCAUAUCUUAUCACUCAAGUCUCAUUUCUCUUACUUUAUGCACAAUUAUUGGUGACCUAUAAUCGACGUUGGAUUUUUGUAGCAGCGAUCUUCAUUUUUGAACUAGGCUCACUAAUUUGCGCCGUAUCGCCCAAUCUGAUCAGCUUAAUUAUUGGUCGAGCUGUCUCUGGUUUGGGAGCAGCCGGAAUCUUGAUUUCAUGUCUAAGUAUCAUCGCAGACAUCACAGAGCUUCAAGAUAGGCCUAAGUUGCUUGGUAGCUUUGGUGCAGUAUUUGCUACUUCUUCUGUUGUUGGACCACUUCUGGGUGGGGCUCUCACUGACCGUUUGAGCUGGAGAUGGUGUUUUUGGAUCAAUCUACCUUGCGGAGCUAUCACUGUCCUUUCAAUAUUUCUUCUAAUACCCAAUACACCCUCUCCACCGUUAUCAGAAAAACUUCUUGAAUUGGUGGAUCACAGAUGGAAUUCAAUCACUUUCGGAAAAUGGGUUCCACCUCAUCAUAGUGUUCUUCAUAAACUUGGUAGUUUAGAUUUUGUCGGAGCAUUCUUAAUGGUUGGACUUAUUAUUCUCUUAGUUCUUCCAUUACAAUGGGGUGGCAAUAAAUACCCAUGGGAUAGUGGUGUGGUGAUUGGAACUCUCUGCGGUUUUGGUGUAAUGCUCACAGCUUUCUUGUUAUGGGAAUGGAAAGGAGUCGAUGCAAAGAAUGGGAGGGGACUUUUACCUUUCAGAUUAUUCAGAAGUAGAACUCAAGUUGGAGCUUGUUUACAAGCCUUUUUCAUCAAAUUAUCCAUGCUCAGUGUAGUUUAUUUUCUUCCGAUCUACUUUCAAGUCGUCCAACAUGCCUCAGCCACCAAAUCUGGUAUCGAUUUAAUUCCACUCAUGUUAUCAAUCGUCUUUUGUUCGGGUUUAGCAGGUUUUGCAAUCAGCCAUACUGGUUAUUACUGGCCUGCAUUGUCAGUUGGUUCAGUGAUUCUCACCAUUGGAACAGCACUUCUAUAUACCCUUGAUGAAUAUGCAAGCAAUGCAAAAGUCAUUGGAUUUCAAAUUCUCGUUGGUGGAGGACUUGGUUUUAUCCUUCAAAAUGUAACUGUCGCGAUCCAAGCAAAUGUAGAGGACAAAGACAUUCCACAAGCAACAAGUUUAUCUUCCUUCUCACAAUUGAUCGGUGGAGUCAUCGGUAUUGCAGUAGCGCAAACUAUCUUCAACAACGCUUUGAGUGUAAACCUGGAAAAAUAUGCACCUGACGCACCAGCGGCACUUAUCCGAUCCUCCUUAGAGGAGAUCGGACAACUUCGGGAUUCGUUAAAACCUGGUGUCAUUCAUGCCUAUACUGAAUCUCUAAAACAGGUUUAUAUCUUAGGUAUCGUCUGUGGCGUUGCUUGUUUCUUUGCGGCAUUUUUGGUUAAGAGUAAGAAUAUCAAGAAGAGAAAAAAUCAAACAUCGAAAGAGGCUGUUUGAUUUGAAUUUUUCGUCACCACUCAUGGCUCUGAUGCCGAAAUCUCAAACUGUUCUUAAAGAAUAAGCGAUUCCACCUUUUCGGUCACUUCUGCGCAAAUCAGGACUUAUGCAAGAAUUAUAAUGUAAUAAAAGGGUCACAUAAUUCACUGUAAAAGCCAUUUGUAUCAUUGAAUCUCCUGGUCAAUAAUUGACAAUCUUCAUCAUGCAGACUUUUUUCUCGUUCUUAUCAUUAUAUCUCGUUAUGGGUUUUUUCAUUGAGCUUGAGAAAUAUGUGAACUUCGAUAAUUUAUGUAGUGUAGUUGUAUCAAUCCCUCUCCAAGUUUUCUUGCACUUUGUGGGUGCUAUGCAGUGUUUCUACUUCGAUUUGUUUCUCUAUAAGGCAUCGUACUUUGGUCAAUUCAGUCUAUUUGUGUGUUGAUGAAGUAGAAUCUGCUCUUUCUUCUGUAAUUACGAUAACAAAGGAUUUGGAGUUGC